UACCCCCCCCCCCCCACCUACACCAUGUCUCUGACCUCUGCCAAGGGCUCGUCCGACGACAGCUACGUCGACGUUAUCUCGUCGCCCACGGGUGACAGCCCCAAUGGCGCCGACGCGCGGCGUCCGAUUCAGCUCAGCACGGCCUCGACCCAGGUGCGCAUCCCCGUGCCCGUCUCGCCUUACGAGGCCUGGAUUGCCGCUGUGGUGCUGCGCGACGAGUUUCACCGCAGCCUGGCCAGCCUGCAGUCGACAGAGGAGAGGGAUGCGCUCGCCGUCAAGGACGAGGAGGCAACCGAAGAGGCAGACGAAGAGCAAGACGAGACAGAGUCGAGGGCGAAGGAGCAAGCAGCGGCCAAGCGAAAGGAAAAGGCCCAAGAGGCCCGAAUCAUCUUGACGGGCAAGUUUCUUGGCUUCCUCGCCGGCAAGCUCAACGCGUCGUCUUCAACAAGGGGCACAUACGAGGCAAAGGUGCUCCAAUGCACCUGGCUCUACUUUCAGAAGCAGUUCCUCGGCGACACUGUCGACAUCCACAAGCUGGCCGCUACCCUCGACGUCGAUGUUCGCUCUUCGCUUCUCAGAUCCUACUACGAGGCCCUCGUUCUUGUCGAGGCCGACAUCAAGACGCCCAAACUGCUUCGCCUGGCACAAGACGGUGGCGCCGAGAUUUUCGCCCUUUUUGGCGGCCAAGGCACCAACGAGGUCUACUUCAACGAGCUGCAAGCGCUCUACGACACAUAUCGACCCCUGGUCGAGUCGGCACUCGCAGCGGCCACACAGCAGUUGGAGUCGCUGGCCGAGGAGGCAGCGCUACAGGGCUUCAGCAGCUACUAUCUCCAUGGCCUCGAUGUUCUGGGCUGGCUCUCAGGUCGCCAGGCCAGACCCUCGGCGAGCUACCUGGGCAGCAUCCCGCUGAGCCUGCCCCUCAUUGGCCUUACCCAGCUCAUUCAAUAUCUCGUCGCAUGCCGCGUCAGCGGGGUCACACCUGCGCAGUUUCGCGACCGCAUCAAGGGCGCCACUGGUCACAGCCAAGGCAUCAUUUCCGCAGUCGUCUUGGCAACUUCCGACUCUUACGACAGCUUCCAGGCGAAUAUGGUCAAGGCGCUCGCCCUGCUCUUCCACAUCGGCAAGCGUGGCCAGGAGGGCUUCCCAGAGCUGACCAUUGAGCCCGCACUGAUCAAGGACGCCAUCGAGGGGGGCGAGGGUGAGCCGACGCCGAUGCUUUCCGUCACGGGCCUUACCCAACCGGCACUGGAAAAGUUCAUCAAGAGUAACAACGCUCACCUGGCCGAGGGCCACAAGGUCGGAAUUUCGCUCUUCAACGGGCCUCGCAACUUCAUCGUCACCGGUCCGCCCCGUUCCCUCUUUGGUCUGGUGGGCAGCCUCCGCGCAAAGCGUGCCGAGACGGGUGCCGAUCAGACGAGGGUACCCUUCUCCAAGCGCAAGCCCGUGUUCAACAUGCGUUUCCUUCCCGUCGGCGUUCCCUAUCACUCCAGCUACCUCGUUGGCGCAACGGACAAGGUCUGCGACCUCGACUACAAAGGUGCCGAGGUAUGGCAGCCGUCGGAGCUCAAGACGGUGGUGCGAAACACCUUUGACGGCUCGGAUCUCAGCAAAUUCGAUGGCAGCCUCGUGAGGAGCAUCUGUGACCAAAUCUUUGUACAGCCCAUCUACUGGUCGCAGGCGACCGAUGUACCCGCGACGACGACGACGUGCGUCGACUUUGGAACGGGCGGCCUCUCGGGUAUCGGCAGCCUCACAGCCCGUAACCUCGAGGGAAGGGGCGUUCGGACCGUCAUUGUGAGCGGCUUCCACCCCAACAGCGCCGAGCUGUACGACGUCGUCGAUAUUCGGAGGGAAAAGCGCUGGGUCGACAGCUACACGCCCAAGCUCGUCAAGACCAAGUCAGGCGAGAUCCGCAUCGACACGCCCAUGUCGAGGAUGCUGGGCAAACCACCGAUCUGCGUCGCCGGUAUGACUCCGAGCACCGUCCAGGCCGGCAUCAAUGCCGCCGUGGCCAAUGCCGGAUACCACAUUGAGCUGGCGGGUGGCGGUCAGAUUCGUUCCAACAUGCUCCGCAAGCGAGUCGAAGAAAUCCAACGGCUUACCGAGCCAGGCCAGCCCCUGACGCUCAAUUGCCUCUAUAUCAACCAGCGCCAGUGGGCCUGGCAAUACCCGCAGUGGCUCGAGAUGCGCCGCGAGGGCCUGCCCCUCAAUGGUUUCACCGUCGCAGCCGGCGUGCCUUCGACCGAAGCGGCCAAGACGAUGCUCGACGGGCUCAAGCAAGCCGGCAUCGAACACGUUACCUUCAAGCCCGGCAGCGUCGAGGGCAUCCGUCAGGUGUGCAGCAUUGCGGCUGCCAACCCGACGAUGAACAUCCUCUGCCAAGUCACUGGCGGCCGAGCCGGAGGGCACCACAGCGCCGAAGACUUCCACCAGCUCGUCCUCCCGACAUACAGCUUGAUUCGCAAAUACAGCAACCUCGCCCUCGUCGCUGGCUCGGGCUUCGGCUCGGACGAAGACUUCUGGCCUUACUUUACCGGAGACUGGUCGCUCGACUUUGGAGCUCAGCCUAUGCCCUUCGAUGGCGUCCUCUUCGCCAGUAGGGUCAUGACAGCCAAGGAGGCCCACACCAGCGACUCGAUCAAGCAGCUCAUCGUAGAUGCGCCCGGUGUCGACGACAAGGACUGGGAAGGCACAUACGAAAAGGAGACGGGUGGCAUCAUCACUGUCACUUCGGAGCUGGGAGAGCCCAUCCACAAAAUUGCCACGCGCGGCAUCAAGCUCUGGAAAGAGCUUGACCGGGACCUGUUCUCUCUCGACAAGAAGAAGCGGGAGGCAUACAUGGCUGAAAAGAAGAGCUACCUCAUCGACCGUCUCAACAAGGAUUUCCAGAAGCCGUGGUUCCCCCAGCGGAACGAUGGCUCUGCGGCCCAAGAUGUAGCCGAAAUGACAUACGAGGAAGUCUCAAGGCGACUGCUUCGCCUGCUCUUUGUCGCUCACCAGACAAGAUGGAUCGACGUGUCGCUGCGCAACCUCGUCGGAGACUGGCUGCGACGCUGCGAAGAGCGCUUCGCCGGCAUCGAGACCAACGGCGACAAGGUCUCGCUGCUCCAGAACUACUCUGUCCUCGACAAGGAGCCGGUCGCGUUCCUGGACAAAUUCUUUGAAGAGUACAAGGAUGCAAAGACGCUCUGGCUCGCCGCCGAGGACGUCAGCUACUUCAUUACUCUGUGCGCCCGGCCUGGUCAGAAGCCUGUUCCCUUUAUUCCAGUUCUGGACGAAAAUUUCCCAACGUACUUCAAGAAAGACUCGCUCUGGUUCUCCGAGGACAUCGACGCCGUCUUUGACCAGGACCCGCAGCGAGUGUGCAUCCUGCAGGGACCCAUGGCUGCACGCCACUCAAAAAUUGUCAACGAGCCGGUCAAGGACAUUCUCGGCAACACCGAGCAGGGCCUCAUCAGGCGUCUCCUCGAUCGGUACUACGGCGGCGACUCCUCCAAGGUGCCCACAGUCGAAUACCUCAGCAAGGCCGCUCCUGCCCUUGAUUCUGCCUCUGUCCUCGCUCAUCACGGCAUUGGCGCCUCAAGUACGCCGAAUGGUUCGCGCAUUCUAAGAAUUGCCAAGAAUGUGCCCGCAACGGAGGAAUGGCUCGAGGUCGUUGCUGGUCCGAGGCCAAGCUGGCUUCGUGCUCUCUUGCGCUCCGUUUCCAUUGUCCAAGGCAGCUCGUACGCGGACAAUCCGAUUUCGCGCAUGCUCGCUCCAAGGCGCGACCAGUCGAUCGAGAUCUCGUACGCGGCCAAUGGUGAGCCGACCGGCCUCAUUGUCCGAGGUGCAGCGCGCUCGUUUGGACAUCACGAUGCCCAAUUCAGGGCCAUUGAGAUCCUCAAGCGCCAAGACUCGAACCUCAUCGACGUCAUCAUGAACGAAGAGCGACUCGGGGAAGCGGUCCCCCUGCACCUCCAGUUCCGCUACCGGCCCGACCAGCCCUUUGCGCUCAUUCACGAAGUCAUGGAAGGCAGGAACGACCGUAUCAAGUCCUUUUACUGGCGCCUUUGGUUCCACGCCGAUAUGCCGUCGAAGAAAGAGCUUUCGAUGCGCCGCGAGCACGUCAGCCCAGUGGCUAAGCUCGACUCGGACGCCAUCAUCCGCUUCUGCCAAAUUGUCGAGAACCGUAGCGAAGCGUUCCACUUGGGUGGACAAGCGCCGAUGGAUUUUGCCAUCGUCGCUGGCUGGCAGGGGAUCAUGCAGGCUCUCAUUGGGAGCACCGAUGCAGACCUGCUGAGUCUUGUGCAUCUUAGCAACAGCUUCAAACUCGUCGACGGAGCCAGGCCACUGCGCGCUGGUGAUGUCUGCAGCGCCAAGGCCAGUGUGCAGAGCAUCAAGAUCACCGACACGGGCAAAUCGGUCGCCGUACGCGGGACAGUACUACGGGAGGAAGAGGGCGAGAUGAAGCCAGUCAUCGAUGUCGUCUCGAGCUUUUUCUUCCGUGGCCGCUUCAACGAUUUCGAGGGUUGCUUUGAGCGUGUCUCGAACGAAUACCAAGUCCUGAUUAAAUCGGCACCCGAUGUCGCUGUCCUCCUGGCCAAGGACUGGUUCACCUGGACCGGCAGCGAGCCCCUUUCGCCCAACACGACCCUCGAAUUCCACGUCAAGAGCGAUGUCCGCUUCAAAGACAGCAGCACCUUUUCGAGUGUCGACGUCGAGGGGAACGCCUAUACGCGCGACUUCAAGGACGAUUUGAUCCCAGUCGGGCUCGUCGAGUACAGCGCUGACUCCGUCUCGCACGGCAAUCCCGUCAUCGAGUACAUCAAGCGCAUUGGUGGCUCGUCGACUGCGCCUGUCCCGCUCGAGAAUGGCUAUUCGCUGGUCAAGUCGGCCAAGUUCAAGGCACCUGCUACCAAUGAGCCCUACUCCAAGGUCUCUGGUGACUAUAACCCAAUUCACGUCAACCCGUACUUCUCGCAAUUUGCCUCGUUGCCCAGCACAAUCACCCACGGUCUCUUUUCGUCGGCCGCCACGAGGCGCUUCGUCGAGGACAUUGCCGCAGAGGGUCAUCCGGAGCGAUGCCUGUCGUUUGAGGCGAACUUUACCGGCAUGGUCAAUCCCGGGGACGAACUCGAGGUGCGCCUGCGUCACAUUGCCAUGAGCAACGGCAAGAAAGUCGUCAAGGUUGAGACAUUCAACCAGCUUGGUGAGAAGGUCCUCGAUGGAUCGGCCGAGGUUGCCCAGCCCCCGACGGUGUACGUCUUCACCGGUCAGGGAAGUCAGACGCAGGGUAUGGGCAUGGACCUGUACCAGACAAGCGAGACUGCCCGCGCGCUGUGGGACGAGGCCGAUGCGCACAUGCGCGAGACGAUGGGUUUCAGCAUCCUCGAGAUCGUUCAAAAGAAUCCGACGGCCAAGACGGUGCAUUUCGGCGGUGUGCGAGGUCUGGCGAUUCGAGACCGGUACAUGGCGAUGACGUACGAAUCCACCGAUCCAACUACGGGCAAGACAACAACGAUGCCACUUUUCCCCGAGAUCACGUCGGCAAGCCAGUCGUACACUUUCAGCCAUCCUCAAGGCUUGCUCAACGCCACGCACUUCACACAACCCGCCCUGGUUUUGACAGAAUUGUCGGCAUUUAGGGACAUGCAGCGCCGCGGCCUCAUCGUCGACGGCGCACCCUUCUGCGGUCACUCUCUGGGCGAAUACAGCAGUAUUGCAGGAGCUGGCGCAGCAUUGGACAUCAAGGACCUGUGUGAUAUCGUAUUCCUGCGAGGUCUCACGAUGCAGCGUGCCGUUCAACGCGACGAACAAGGUCGGUCCGACUACGGAAUGGUCGCGUGCAACGCUGCGCGUGUUGGCCUCUCCGACCAGGCACUGACCGAAGUGAUUCUCGAGAUUGCCAAGAGGCCAAAUUGCUUCCUCGAGCCGAUCAACUUCAACGUCGCCAUGGUUCAGACUGUCGUGGCCGGCAACUUGCUUGCGCUCAGGACGCUGCAACUUACCCUUGACAAGAUUGCAGAGUUCGCAUAAAGAGCUUUUUUUUCUUCGUUUUCCUUUUCGCUCUCUUCCCUCCUACCUUGUAGAUAGCUUGUGACAUUCCUCUGUUCGUACCCCAGUCAUUGUUGUUCUUUUCCGUUCCUCUCCGCUUAUAGACACUAGAGCUCGAAUUGGGAGCGUCAUUCUCAUUCCUUUGGAAGUACAAGUACAGUACUCCAACGAAUCAAUCAGCUCCUUAGAAAAUUGUUC